AUGGAUUUUAGUGAUUUCCAAAUUAAACGACGUAAAGACACUAAACCAGGAAUGGUUCAACUAAAAUGUGAAGGACAGACUAUUAGUACUAUGUAUAUAGAAUUAAUAUCACCAUUUUGUGGAAAUACAAUAUUAGGGAAAUUUAUAAUGUUACCAACAACACAAGACAAAUUAAUAAGAUUAAAAAGUUGUCAAAUAGAUAUCAUGCCAUUUGAGAGAUUAUCAAUUUUGAUUAAAUAUAUUCAUUCAAGAAAUCAUCAUCAAAUCUUAGAAGAUUGUAGUCAAGAAAAAAGAGAAAAAAUUGCAAAAGAAUUAAGGUUAUGUGAAGUUUCGUUACAAGAUACUUUAAAAUAUACACUACUGGAAAAUGAAGCAUUAACAUCAAACAUGUGGAUUAGAAAUUGUUUUUUUGGAGAUGUUGAUAUUGCAAAUGUAAUUAUUAAACACGACAGUGAUAGAAGAGUAAUUGUUGCUUUUGAUACAGUUGCACAAAAUGUUGGAUUGGAUGUAUUAAUUAAUAAUUGGAGACAAACAGCAGAACUAUUUACAGAACAUUAUUGUGGAAUGUCAUUAAAUGAUUCAUUACAACGAUUAAAAAUGUAUUAUAUAACACAAAUGAAAUUAGGAGAAUUAAAUGAUUUUAUGUGUGAAACUAUGAUAACAUUAGAUAAAACAAAAGAAUAUAAAAAUGAAGUAGAAAUUGGAAUUGGUAAAUAUCUUCAAGAAAAAGGUCCAUCAUCAAAAAAUAUGGUCAAAUUAAUUGAAUAUUAUAAUAUUAAUGUGAAUGAAGCAAAAUCAAAAGCAAUAACUUUUUUCUUUAAUUUUGAAAUACCAGCAGAAAUUAUCACAAAGUUAUUUAAUGAUAUUGGAAGAGCAGAAUGGAAAAUUACAAAAAUAAGAAGUACAGAUGAAAGUAUUGAUUCAUUAAAGUCAAGUGAUGAAAAAAUAUUCAUAUUUUUAGAUUAUUAUCAUAAUGUCUUCGGAAUUUAUUUACCUAAUGGUUUAGUUGAAUCUAACCAAUCAAUUUGUUUAUUUACCUUAAGAAACAAUAAUAAUGUUCCAUAUACUUUUAUUCGUCCAAAACAACAAGUCCAUCUUACUUUAAUACCUGAUGGUGCUUUAUGGUCAUUUGCUAUUAAUUCUGUUUUCUAUUUUAGGCUUCUUUCUCCUUUUUGUGUUUCUAUUGGAAAUAUAGACUCUUGUUUUAAUGAACCAACACAAUUAAAUGAAAUGUUAUUCAUGGGUACUUCAGAAGCUAUGCUUAAAGAUAUAAUUGUAUUCGAAUAA